AUGGUUAUUCCUGGCGGUGGUGUCGAAUGUCUCGAAACGUGCGUUGCCAACUCCUCUCCUGACACGGUCCUUGUUUGUGACGAUGGAUCGAAGAUUAAAGCGCAUCGGCUCCCGCUGGCAGCCACUUCUGCGUACUUCAGAGUGGCCUUCUUCGAGUUCGGGAAGGUUCGCAACAACGAGUCCAUACGAAAGCAGGUGAGAGUUCCCAUGCUCAAGAUGGAGCAAGUCGAAGCAGCUGUUACGUUCGCCAACAAGGGGGAAGUCGAGCUGAGCCUGCGGAACAUUCAGGACGUGCUCGAAGCUGCGGACUUCCUCGGAAUGGAGUCUCUCGUUCAAGUCUGCCACAAGUUCAUGAAAGAGAAGUCGAAUGGCCCCAAUGUGCUAGAUCUCUGGCGGCUCUGCGAUAAGUAUUUGAUGAACGGAAUGCGAGACCAUCUCUACCACCGGAUCAUGGAGGACUUCUGCAAACUCACUGAGAGCGACGACCUAUACGAGACGAGCUUCGAGGAGUUUCACACGUUUUUGAACGACGAUUGUUUGAACGUCCGAGACGAGGAUAAAUUGUGGUCAAUCUGCGAGCGAUGGAUACGGCAUGACUUCGAAACAAGGCACUCCCAUAUAUUCGAGCUCCUGCAGACGAUACGCGUUUAUCUUAUCGAUGAAGCCGCGGUUCGCGAUUUACUCUCGUCUAGUUCGCUCCUGAGCGGUCACGAUAGGUGCAAGUUUUACUUGAUGAGAGUGCACUCUUCCAUGAACACGAGGACGCCAUUCCUCCACGACCUCGGAGAGGAGCUGCCAGUGAAGUCCACGAUCCCGAGGGAGCCUCAUGGGGUGAUCCUCAUCCUGGGGGGCUGGCUCCAGGCACCUUCAAAUCUGUUCGAAGUCUACGACCCCAGCGCUGACAGACACACCACUUUCCCCCAACUGGCCGACACCAACGAGUUGAGAGCAUACCACAAAAUGGCUUUGGUCAAUAACGAAAUUUACGUCAUCGGUGGCUUCCACGGGGACAACCACUAUCACAAGAAUUGCAGAAAAUUCAGCCUGUCCACACGAACAUGGUCGCACGUGACACCUAUGAACGUCGAGAGAUGUUAUGUGAGCGUAGCGGUCGUCGACGGAAAAAUUUACGCCAUCGGGGGCUACAACGGUCGCUUCAGGCUGAAUACGGCGGAGGUUCUGAACUUGGAAACAAACCAGUGGUCCCUGAUCCGACCCAUGGAAUACCAGCGGAGCGACGCCGCGUGCGCGGUUGUCAAUGGCAAAAUCUACGCGAUAGGCGGCUUCACCGGCACCAUGUGCAAUCGCACUGUGGAGUGUUAUGAUCCGGCGAGUAAUUCGUGGACUCUCGUCUCGAGCAUGAGUACCGUACGUUCUGGCGUGAGCGCAGUAGCUCUCGACGGGAAGAUAUACGCGCUCGGUGGAUCGAGCGGCAGCUCGAGGCUCAGUUCGUGCGAAGUCUACGAUCCAGCGACCGAUAAGUGGUCUCCGAUUGCGCCCAUGUUGACAGCCAGGAGUAACUUUGCGACGGUCGUAUGCGCUUCGUAUAUCUACGUGUUCGGUGGUUAUACAGGACAAGCGACGACCAAGUUCUGCGAAUGCUACAGCCCGGCCACCAACGAGUGGUUCGUUCUGACCGAUAUGACGCACCCACGGUCGGCGUUGGCGGCGAUUUUCAUCCCGUGCUUCGACGGAAUCAGAGAGCUCUCCUACCCCAAUCGGAAACAGAUAUUUUUGGAAGCACAGCGGCCACCUGUUGUCACGGAGGUGGAUUAG